CCUCCAAAUCCUUGGGUUCAGGUGUUCCAAUCCCCUCCAUAUCAUGUGAUUCAGGUGUUCCAAUCCCCCCCAUAUCAUGUGAUUCAGGUGUUCCAAUCCCCUCCAUAUCAUGUGAUUCAGGUGUUCCAAUCCCCUCCAUAUCAUGCGAUUCAGGUGUUUCUAAUACCUUCCAUAUCAUGUGAUUCAGGUGUUCCAAUCCCCUCCCAAUCAUGUGAUUCAGGUGUUCCAAUCCCCUCCAUAUCAUGUGAUUCAGGUGUUCCAAUCCCCUCCAUAUCAUGUGAUUCAGGUGUUCCAAUCCCCUCCAUAUCAUGUGAAUCAGGUGUUCCAAUCCCCUCCAUAUCAUGCGAUUCAGGUGUUCUAAUACCUUCCAUAUCAUGUGAUUCAGGUGUUCCAAUCCCCUCCCAAUCAUGUGAUUCAGGUGUUCCAAUCCCCUCCAUAUCAUGUGAUUCAGGUGUUCCAAUCCCCUCCAUAUCAUGUGAUUCAGGUGCUCCAAUCUCCUCCCAAUCAUGUGAUUCAGGUGUUCCAAUCCCCUCCAAUCAU